GAUUCAAGUGGAUUUUAAACGCUAAAACCAAGUGCUUUGUCCAAAUCUGUUCACGACUCUUUGUAACAGAUUUGGUAUGAAUCCGUCCAGACACUUCUUCUUCUUCUUCUUCACCAAUCGACAUGCUCUGUUUUUCCUCAGCGGUAGACCUCUUCUUCGCAAUAAACUAAAGCCAAGUUGCCUCUUUUGUAUUCCUUUCAAAUGUUUUCAUUUUACUUUCGUAAGUUUGAAGUUUUCAGAGAUUGACCCUCAUAAGAGGCUCACAAUCCAUAGCUCAAUGCUCCUGAGCUCGGCAUUUUUGUUAUCUUCUUGCUUCUGUGUACAAAAAAAAUGCAGAGCCUUUCUGGAUUCUUACUGGCACUGGUUUCAUUUCUCGCCGUUAUAUAUGCCGCUCGAGCUCAAGAUCAACAAGCAGGAUUCAUCAGUUUGGAUUGCGGCUUACCCACCAGCGAGUCUCCUUACAUCGAACCGUCAACCGGUUUAACCUUCUCAUCGGACUCUGACUUUGUCCAGAGCGGAAAAACCGGUAGGAUCCAGGAAAAUCUUCGGUCCGACUACCUAAGACCGUACACAACUCUUCGAUACUUUCCAGACGGAACACGGAACUGCUACAACUUGAGUGUCACCAAGAACACGAAUUACCUUAUCAGAGCGAUGUUCCGGUACGGAAACUACGAUGGCCUCAAUAGUAACCCGAAGUUCGAUCUAUACCUCGGCCCUAACAACUGGACAUCGGUGGAUUUAGAAAGAAGAGCGAGGGAGGAGAUCAUUCACAUCGUGAGAUCGAACACUUUGCAGAUUUGUCUGGUUAAGACAGGAUCAUCUACGCCAUUCAUAUCCAGCUUGGAGCUACGGCCUUUGAGAAACGAUACUUACAUUACUAAAUCUGGUUCGCUUAAGCUCUUCGCCCGCAACUAUCUUCGCCCUCCAGAUAAAUCUAUAAGGUUUCGUAACGAUAUCCACGACAGAAUCUGGACCUCGUACUUCCUCUCGGGGUGGAGGCAGAUAAACACCACUCUCAACGUAAACGCGUCUAAUGGCUACAACCCUCCGCAAUCUGCCCUUGCAACGGCUGCAACUCCUACAAAUGCCUCUGCACCGUUAAUCAUGCUCUGGCUUCUCGAUUCCCGUGAUGACGAAGUUUACUUCUACUUGCACUUCUCUGAGAUCCAAGACUUGGGAUCCAACGAUACGAGGGAAUUCGCUAUUUCGUUGAAUUUAAACAGCUCUAACACGGUUUUGAGCCCCCAAAAGCUGCAGAUAAACACUAUUUACAGCACAUAUGCUAGUAAGUGCUUUAUCGGCAUAUGCACUUUGCAGCUGAUCAGAACAGCGAGGUCGACUCUUCCUCCUCUGCUUAACGCUGUUGAGCUCUACACGAUAAUCCAGUUUCCGCAACCCGAAACCGACCAAAAUGAUGUUGCUGCUGUCAAGAACAUCAAAGAAACGUAUCGGUUGAGUAAAAUCAGUUGGCAAGGAGAUCCAUGCGUCCCUCAAAACUUCUCGUGGGACGGUCUAAAGUGCAACUUCUCGGAUAUUUCUACGCCGCCAAGAAUCAUUUCCUUAAACUUGUCAUCGAGCGGAUUGAACGGGACCAUUUUGUCAGGCAUAAAAGAACUGACCGAGCUGCAGAUGCUGGACUUAUCAAAUAACAGCUUGACUGGAGAAGUGCCGGAAUUUCUUGCCAACAUCAAGUCACUGACAGUUGUGAACUUAAGUCGGAACAAUCUUAGUGGCGCAGUUCCUCAUGCCCUUCUUGAUAGACAGAAGAAAGGACUGAAGCUAAUUCUCGAUGGAAACCCAAAGCUUUGUAACUCCACUUCAUGCAAAGGACACGACAAAAAGAAGUUCGUGGUACCGGUCGUUGCGUCAGUUACUUCUGUUGCUGCAAUCGCAGUUGUGUUGUUUCUCGUUUUCGUAUUCAGAAAGAAAAAGGCGUCAGUCGUCGAAGAGCCAAAACCGGCAUCAGGGUUACUGGUAACAGAGGCAAGAUCCAACAAUAGACCUACACAUUCACCGAUCGUAAGGAAGAAGAGAAGAUUUACAUAUGCAGAGGUUAUAGAAAUGACAGAUAACUUUGAAAGAGUUCUUGGUAAAGGAGGGUUUGGAGUCGUCUUUCACGGUUGUUUAGACCAUAAUGAACAAGUCGCUGUCAAAAUGCUUUCUCAUUCAUCAGCUCAAGGCCUUAAGGAAUUCAAAGCAGAGGUUGAACUUCUUCUGAGAGUUCACCACAUAAAUCUGGUAAGCCUUGUCGGAUAUUGCGAUGAAGGAGACCGCAUGGCCCUCGUCUACGAGUACAUGCCGAAAGGAGACUUAAGACAACAUCUCUCAGGAAAACGUGGCGGCUUUGUUUUGAGCUGGGAAACCAGACUAAGAAUAGCUGUGGACGCCGCACUAGGAUUGGAGUACUUGCAUGUGGGAUGCACACCGGCGAUGGUUCAUAGAGAUGUCAAAAGCACGAACAUACUUCUCGACGAUCGGUUCCAUGCCAAACUCUCGGAUUUCGGCCUCUCUAGAUCUUUCCCUGUCGGAACCAAAACUCAUGUCUCGACUGUAGUUGCCGGCACUCCCGGAUACCUUGAUCCCGGAUAUUUCGGUACAAACCGGUUAACAGAGAAGAGCGAUGUCUACGGUUUCGGGGUCGUGUUAUUGGAGGUCAUGACAAAUCGACCCGUGAUCGAGCAAGCACGUGAAAAGACUCAUAUCAAAGACUGGGUCGCGUCAAGAUUGACGAGAGGAGAUAUCGGAAACAUAAUGGACCCGAAUCUCCGUGGGGAUUACGAAACUGGAUCUGUCUGGAAAGCUGUUGAAUUAGCAAUGUCAUGCCUGAAUCCAUCUUCCAGGGAAAGACCGACCAUGUCUCGUGUCGUUCAAGAACUGAAAGAGUAUCUGAAAUCUGAAAGGUCGAGAAGAGGAGACACGAAGGCCAAGAGCUCCGUGGAACUGAGCGUGGAAUUCACCACCGAAGUGUUCCCCAGGGCACGUUAAUUAGUCUUCUGUUCCAAGAACUCCGGAUCCAAAGUGGUGCUUUUACGAUUCUGCAGAUCCUUGUCUGAACCAUUUGAAGAGUCGUCUGCUGAUGAUUCAUGUCGGAAUCUUAUUACAAUUAGUACUUGUGGGUUUUUACUAAGUCCGUACAAAGCUUUCCUAACCAGUUAAAGAACUGUGUUAAUUAGUUUAUGUCAAUAAAUUUCAUAUUUUAGUAGUAAAUCAUACAUAAAAUAUG